AUCGAAUGCGAGGAUUAUUAUUAUUAAUAUUAUUAUCAUUAUCGUCAAUCUGAGUCCUCCCUUUGAAGCCGGAUCCUUUUCAAUUGUCCAAACGAACCAGUUGCUGGAUUUUUAUAGCUUUCUCCCAUAUUCUAGAACCCAGUGAUUUUGAACACCAACUCUCUAGCCUUCCAGCUAACUGGCGCUGAAAAGCAGCGGCGGGAUUCAUGUUUCGCGUCUCCGCACGUCCGCUGAUCCAUGGGGUACUAACAUGCCAGCUCGUGCCAACCCCCCUCGAUCGAACUUUCUGCGGCAUCUGAGCAGCGUGCUGGGCUGGGAAGGAACAUGGUGGCCAGCCGUCAGAUGUCUGUCUGAGCAAUACCUGGAUGUGACUGCAUCGAGCAGGAUUAUGGACAUAGGGCUAUCGGCGUGGCGGCAACUCCCCCAGUGCGGACCGGCCCCAGAAGAACGUUGUAAACACGCUUGUUGCGUCUUCAAAGGAUACAUGUACCUCUUCGGGGGUCGAAGGCAAAACGGGCUGAAGGACUUUUGGAGGUACAGCGUUGUUCAGAAUAAAUGGGAAAAAUUGGAUCAGGCAGAAGGCACUGCCCCUGAAGAACUAGAAGAGCCCUCACUGGUGGCACACGAGGGCGUCCUCUACGUGUUUGGUGGGAUGAUGGAUUCUGCCUACACCCAAGGAAAGACCCCUCUCUGGAUGUACGACAUUGGUGCAAGCAGAUGGACACACUGGCACAAGUUAUCCUCAACUGACACAGAGAAACAGGCGCCCAUUAACAGGAGAGAGCACAGCGCAGUGGUGUUCGAAGCUAAGAUGUAUAUUUACGGAGGUUACGUCGAUAUCAAGGGACCGUCGCAAGAGUUUUGGAGUUUUACUUUCGAGCUGGAGGAAUGGCGCCCGGUGCUCAGCUCCUCGGCUGAGAUCAGCCCCGGGCCUCGCUACAGCCAUUCCGCCAUCGUCUACCGGACCGGAAUGUACUUGUUCGGAGGUCUCGUGGGCCUCAUGGAGCAGAGCGACUUUUGGAGGUGGGAUUUCGACAGCAACACCUGGUCCCGGAUCAAAGCACGUUGUGGUCCUCAGCAGCUGGUGGGCCACUCCGCCGUGGUGUACCAGGACAGCAUGCUGAUCUUCGGUGGGGGCCGCAACCACAAGUCGGCCGACAACAGCCUGUGGAAGUUCCAGCUGACGACCCGGAGCUGGGAGAGGCUGACCCCGGCCACGGACAGGGCCCCCCCGGCCAGGAUCUACCACUGCACCAUCGGGGCGGGCCCGGGCUUCUCCCCCGCCGCCCGGGGGCUACCGACCGCCAGCACCAACGGCCCCCCGGAGGAACCGGACCGCUCCCCUAUCCACCCUCCCCUGCCUGACGACCAUGACGACGACAGCGGGAUCGAGAUGACGACCUUCCGGAUGUGCUCGGGCCCACCCCCAGAGGAAGGCCCCGCGCAAGCGGACCUCGGGGAGCCCGGGGGCCCCCCCCCACCGACCGACAGCCUCCCGGAGGUGCUGCUGGUGGUGGGCGGGAAGCCCCUCUCCGAACACAAGUUCAUCUCCAUGUGGCAGAUGAAACUGUGCGAGAGGUUCUUGAAGUCCUAA